GUAAUCCAUUGAAAUGUCUACCAGUUGAAUAUAACCUUACCAUUGCAGUAUGUACAAUUUGUAAUCCAUUCAAAUGUCUACUAGUUGAAUAUAACCUUACCAUUGCAGUAUGUACAAUUUGUAAUCCAUUGAAAUGUCUACCAGUUGAAUAUAACCUUACCAUUGCAGUAUGUACAAUUUGUAAUCCAUUCAAAUGUCUACCAGUUGAAUAUAACCUUACCAUUGCAGUAUGUACAAUUUGUAAUCCAUUCAAAUGUCUACUAGUUGAAUAUAACCUUACCAUUGCAGUAUGUACAAUUUGUAAUCCAUUCAAAUGUCUACCAGUUGAAUAUAACCUUACCAUUGCAGUAUGUACAAUUUGUAAUCCAUUCAAAUGUCUACUAGUUGAAUAUAACCUUACCAUUGCAGUAUGUACAAUUUGUAAUCCAUUCAAAUGUCUACCAGUUGAAUAUAACCUUACCAUUGCAGUAUGUACAAUUUGUAAUCCAUUGAAAUGUCUACCAGUUGAAUAUAACCUUACCAUUGCAGUAUGUACAAUUUGUAAUCCAUUCAAAUGUCUACUAGUUGAAUAUAACCUUACCAUUGCAGUAUGUACAAUUUGUAAUCCAUUGAAAUGUCUACCAGUUGAAUAUAACCUUACCAUUGCAGUAUGUACAAUUUGUAAUCCAUUCAAAUGUCUACCAGUUGAAUAUAACCUUACCAUUGCAGUAUGUACAAUUUUUAAUCCAUUCAAAUGUCUACUAGUUGAAUAUAACCUUACCAUUGCAGUAUGUACAAUUUGUAAUCCAUUCAAAUGUCUACCAGUUGAAUAUAACCUUACCAUUGCAGUAUGUACAAUUUGUAAUCCAUUGAAAUGUCUACCAGUUGAAUAUAACCUUACCAUUGCAGUAUGUACAAUUUGUAAUCCAUUCAAAUGUCUACCAGUUGAAUAUAACCUUACCAUUGCAGUAUGUACAAUUUGUAAUCCAUUGAAAUGUCUACUAGUUGAAUAUAACCUUACCAUUGCAAAUGUGCCAAGAUUCAGUGGGAUAAUCAUGAGAAUUCUUAAAUGGCUUCCUAGAACUGGAUUAAAGUCCAUACUUGCUUGGUCAACAAUGAGAAAAACAAAUCUUACCCUACUGAGAGAAAUUGAAAUUCCUGACUUCCCAACUGUGAUCCCAGUACCAUUGCCAUCGUGGAAACCUGUACCAGUAGAAGACAGACAGGUUGAGUUGGAGGGACUCAUUAAACCAAGCAAAGCAAGGAAUGGCUCUUUUCAGUAUGUCACGAUUUCAGAUCUCAUUUCUGCCUUCAGGUCUGGUAAAACAACUCCUCUUGAGGUUGUUCAGAGGAUCCUUGAUGCCAUGAGAGAGUUUGAUGCCAUGAACCCACCCUUACUGGCAAUCACACAGUGCCACAGGGAAGAAGUGCUAAAGCUGGCCAAGGCUUCUACGGAGCGAUAUGCUCAAGGAAAAAGUCUUUCCAUAUUUGAUGGAAUUCCUGUGGCUUUCAAAGAGGAGUACAGUGUGGUCUCAUACCGUCGUCGUGAGGGGACAACUUUCAUGGGUGAUAAACCUUGUGAUAGAGAUGCAGUUGUUGUCAAGAAAUUACGGGAUGGUGGAGCUGUCAUUAUUGGCAUGACAAACAUGCACGAGAUUGGCAUAGGUGUGACUGGCAGCAACGUCAAUAGACUGCAUGGCACUCCAAGAAAUCCCCACAAUGUUCAUCACUAUACGGGCGGCAGCUCAAGCGGAUCUGCGGCUGCAGUUGCUGCAGGAUUGUGUGUGGUUGGGCUUGGUACAGAUGGUGGUGGGUCUAUCCGCAUACCCUCGUCAGCAUGCGGAGUGGUGGGUGUAAAAGCGACAUUUAAUCGGAUCACCAAAGCUGGUUUAACUGAUUUGUCACUAAGUGGCUCUGUGGGCCAUGCAGGUCCUAUAUGCAAUUCUGUGAGAGAUGCGGCUAUAACUUACGCCUAUCUCGCGGGCCCAGAUCCUCAAGAUACAAUGAGUUUAAACCAGCCUGUCGUAUCACUGCAAGACUUUGAGCAAACCAAUAUGGACGGAGUUACCAUAGCUGUCGACUGGAGGUUUUUUGAGGACACAGAUAAAGAGGUGUUUGGGUGUUGUCAAGAAGCUCUGCGAUACCUCGAGUCGCGUGGUGCGACUGUCGUCAGCAUACAGAUACCUGAGCUAGAGGAAGCGCGUGUCGCACACAUCGUUACAAUCCUGACGGAAUUCGCCACAGGGAUGGAGCCAUUUUACAAGAAACACUACUACGACAUGAAUCCAGACACAGUGAUGUCACUUUCUCUCGGUCGAAUGCUGACAGCCUUUGACUACUACCAGGCUCAGAAGCAGAGAACCCGAAUGAUGCAGUUCCUGGAAGACUUUUUCCAAGAACAGAAAAUCGACUGCAUAAUUACACCAGCGUUAGGUAUAAAAGUUCCCAAGAUUCCUAGCGGUGCAAUUUCGCACGGUGAAGCAAACACACCUCAGAUGUCUGCGAUGAUGAGGUUCAUGCAGCUGGGCAAUCUGACAGGCGUUCCUUGCAUGACCUUGCCCGUUGGUUACGAUGGCAACGGCCUACCCAUCAGCCUUCAGGUGAUGAGCGGAUGGUGGCAGGAGCACAAGAUGCUACGUGUUGCGCAUGCGUGUGAAAAUGUUCUCGAGAAAAAGCAACCACAGGUUUACCGUGAUAUGCUGCAGUAGCGAAGACGGAGGAGAAUUAGGCCGAUGGGCUAGAUUAUUGUAAGUUAUACAGAUGAACAUAUGGAAUAAGAAAAAUAGUGAUAUUAUUCUGGAAACAGGAUAAAACAAGGCCCUACAACAUUCAGGAUUCCUCAAUCAACGAGGAAGGCCUUCGAUUUCGAAAAGUGGGGUCACUUUUCGCUCGAAAGUGCGAUAUUAGUUACAUUUAAAAGCCGGCAAAACCCUACGAAAACCCGUUGUAUGGCAAUAAAACUUGGUAUGGUU